AUGCCUCCGACCAAGCCCAAGGGCGGUAAGAUGAUGACGCUCAUCAACUACCGCCUGCGCAUCACGCUCAACGACUCGCGCCAGAUUGUCGGGCAGCUGCUCGCGUUUGACAAUCACAUGAACCUCGUCCUGGCCGACUCGCAAGAGUAUCGCAAGGUCAAGUCGAAAAAGGCCAAGGCCAAGGCCGCCGCCGCUGCCGCCGCCGCAUCGUCCAAGGCCGCCGGUGCAGAGGACGACGAUGACGAGGAAGAGAACGAGGGCGCGACCCAGGGCGGCCUGGCGGUGCCCGAGCAGAAGAGGACGCUCGGCAUGCUCAUCCUCAGAGGAGAGAACAUCGUCUCGAUGAGCAUCGAGAGCCCCCCGCCGGCGGAUACGCAAAAGGACACCACGCUUCCACCCGGCCCCGGACGACCGAUGGCAAUGGGACGUGGUAUCGGCCUCGCAGGGCCGCCCCCUCCCGGCAUGGGCGGUGCCGGCGCUCCUCCGAUGAUGGCGCGGCCGAUGGCAUACGCCCGUCCUCCUCCCCCUCCCGGAAUGCCCGGCAUGCCCCCGCCGCCUGGUAUGCCGUCCGGCCCUCCGCCCGGCUUCGCCGCACGACCCCGCCAGGCUUCCCGGUGGGUCCGCCGGGCGGCAUGCCCCCUGGCGGCCCGCCGCCCGGCUUCCCUCCUGGCGGGUACCGAGGUGUGCCUCCUCCUGGGUGAGUGUCGGCGCCUCGAUGCCCGCUCACUUGGCUCCCGCGCUUCUACGCACAUUGCGACUUACCCGGCCCUUCUUCCCCCAUCUGUUGCCUGUCCGACGCGUCUUUGCCACUGCACAGCUACGGAAUGCCUCCCCGUCCUCCGCAAUGAGGUGUGCUCGUCGCCCCGCUGGACUCAGUCAGCCUACAGCCAGGCCGGCCACGAGAAAAAGGCGCUCCUUUGA